AUGAGUUCUCUUGAGAUCAGUCGAAAUGGCAGCCACAAUAUAAGAGCAAACGGAGAUGAAACUAAGCUCGAUGAUACGAAAACCGAUCGCAUCAAGGAUAGUCUAGAUAAAUAUGAAAAGCUAUUCGGUAUCGACGAAGAAUCCUCUAAUCAGCCUACAACGACUAGGAGAGAGCUAUGGUCAUACUACCUUUAUUACAACGGAAAUAAUGGAGUAGGACCUGCAAAUUAUUCUCAGACUCUUUUUCAAUCCGCGCUUAAUAAUGCUGGGUGGGAUCCCGCGAUUACACCUAUUAAGAUAGGAAACUGUGCCACAGGAGGUUGUGUAAUCCCAUGGGGUUACGGUACUCGAUCUGUUUCCAGUGUAGUUCUACUUGCAAAUGGGAUUUGCUUCACCAUCAUGACAUUAAUUUUUGUGGUCUUCGGUUCCGUUGCAGAUUAUUCGAAUUUUGGGAGAUGGAUACUUUUGUUUCUUACGGUCGUGGGUUGGGUUUUCCAAUACGGAAUGAUAGCUAUCAGAAAGCCUGAUCAGUGGCCUACAGCUAUGGUAUUAUAUAUCAUAUCUUACAUUUCAUACGGUGUUAGUAUCUUCAUUGCUUCACUUACAUUCUGGCAUUAA